AUGGAAAUCCUCUCCUUAGCAUUAGCUUUACUGUAUUUGUUUCAUUCAUCUUCAGCAAGUGUUCAUAACGAAAGUUUAAAUGGUGGUGACGCAGCAGUUCAUAUGUAUUCAUCGUAUCUGUACAUUUUUGAGUUGGAGUCACUUCAGUGUCAAAGAAUUGCAAUAACAAGCCCUGUUUUCAAGGAACAUGCGACAAUGGUAAAUGCAGAUGCUUUGCAGGAUGGGGCGGCGAACAGUGUGAUCAUUGCCAUGGGCGCAUUAACAGAUAACUCUGAAACAAUUGCCGAUGGGCCACAAAACUAUACAGCUUCCUCGAGAUGUAUGUGGAUUAUUGAGGGUAAAAAUAACAGUGGUCCAUUAUUGUUUAAAUUAAAUCAGUUCGAAACCGAGUGUAGUUGGGACCAUGUAUAUUUUUAUGACGGAGAUGGUGUUUAUGGCGAGCAACUUGCUGCAUUCAGCGGCACCCAGACAGGUCAGGAAUUUGUUGCAAAGUCUGGGAAGGCAUUGGUGUUUUUCUUUAGUGAUAUAGCUUUUCAAACUGCGGGUUUUGAUAUCAGUUUUUAUAAUGGUGCAUGCAAAAAAAAUUGUUCAUCACAUGGCGAGUGUAAUGAUGGUGUUUGUCGUUGCAACGAAGGUUAUACGGGAGAGUUUUGUGAAACUCCUGUUUGCCCUCAGAAAGGAGAUAAUCGCCCGUGCGGGCAUGGCUCAUGUCUGAUGGACAACAAAUGUUUAUGUCAAAUUUUAUAUCACGGAGACAGAUGUCAGAAAAAAAGUAGUCAAAGUGUUUUUGAAACGGUGCUUGUGACUGGUAAGCCGAUGAGUGGUCGUGCUUCCCAUGCAUCGGUAUUAGUGAACAAUAAAGUAUGGAUAAUUGGUGGCACAUUCUUUUCUGGAAGCACUCAUAAUUUUGUUGCGGUGUAUAAUACUGUGAAUGCUAGCUGGGAAGAAAUAAGGACUGAGAAUGGACCUUCUAUACGUUAUGACCAUUCUCUUGUCCGCUAUAAGGAGAAACUAUUAAUGUUUGGAGGGGUGACAGCAGAAAAUGUUGUCACGAACGAAUUGUGGAGCUUGAAUAUGGCAACUUUAGAGUGGGUGAAUGAAACUGCAUUUACGAAUUUGUCUUCUAGUGAAUUACCUAUCGCAGUUGCUGGUCAUAAGGCUCAUGUUAUCGCGGAUGAAAUGUUUAUUUUUUACGGGUACAAUCCGACUUUUGGUCUUUUGCACAAAGUGCAAAAGUAUAAUUUAGUGAACAAAUCUUGGCAAAAUGUAGUUGAUGAAGGCCCUCCUUUAUAUGGACGCUUUGCUCAUAGUUUAGUGACUUAUAAAAAAAAUGGUAGUGAAGUCAUUUUGAUCUAUGGGGGUUUUAUGCCAUCGAAAGACCAUGGAAAGAAACCUUCUGGUAGUGAUUCACUUGUGGAAUACAGUAGCCAUAUAUCGCUAACUUCUGGUCUGUCUCCCGUGUUUCGACAUUCCGCAUCUUUAAUAAAUCGGAUGAUGAUUGUCAUUGGCGGAAAUAUACAGAAUGAAGUAGCCGCACACAGUGCUUUGAAAUGUUACUCGCCUGUUGUACAGCAGUAUGAUAUUGAUUGUAACACUUGGUCAACUUUGGAUAGUGAUUCUUUGGUACCUCGAUACGGUCACACAUCAGUAGGUACUAAAGAUAACAUAUUCGCAUUUGGCGGGUUCAAUGGUGUCAUGUUAAAUGAUGUCGUCAAGUUUACUCCAGGUGUUUGUGAGGGUAGGAAGCUUCAAGAAGAAUGUACUAACGAAGUCAAUGGUGUGCGGUGUGUUUAUCAAGGAAGUAAGUGCAAACAGUAUUACUCGGACAUAUCUUACGCUGUGACCUUUCAAGUUAGCACUGAAUGCAGUGCAGGUACGAGUUGUUCGUCUUGUACUGCUAUGGAAGGAUGUGGGUGGUGUAUUGAAACUCGCGAGUGUAUUGUUACUGAAAAUUUGUGUUCUGACAAAGAGAAACCAGUUGAAGCUCCAAAGUGCGCCGAAAUCACUGAUGUUCGUCCUUGCUCAUUUGCUCGUGAUUGUUCUUCUUGCAAGCAGUUGCCACAUUGUAGGUGGUUCCCCAUAGAAGAAACGAAGUGGAAAUGCAAAGAAGCGAGAGAAAUAAUAUUGGAUGAGGGAGAGCGUUUAACAACAAAUUUUGCUUCAUCCCGCUCACUUGCUGUGUUUACGGCAGCUGGAGGUAAUGUAACGUGUCCGGCUCCUUGUGCUGCGUACGAAACUUGUGACGACUGUUUUAAAGGGCAGUGUAUGUGGUGUCCUACAGUGCGUAAAUGUAUUGCAUUGGAUACAUAUCUUAUAAAUUUCCCGUAUGGUCAGUGUCAAACCUGGAUAACCAGCAAUACUUAUGCAAGCCGCAGGAAUGUUUGUCAGCAGGAUCCGUCUGAUUGUUCGAAACAAAAGACUUGCUUGGAUUGUCUGGGUAUUAGUCCUGGUUGUGGGUGGUGUGAUGAUGGUUCUGGGACAGGUAUUGGCGAGUGCAUUCCUGGCAGUGCAACUGGUCCUAAUAAUGCUAGUUUAUGUCCUGAUAGAUCCUGGUUUUUUACAAACUGUUCGGGUUGUCAGUGCAAUGGGCACAGCAACUGUACAUCUACACCGCCUUUCAAGUUACUUAACUUUUCUGAUCAGGUGUGUGUUCAGUGUGAUCAUAAUACUUGUGGCGAUCAUUGUCAGUUUUGCGCAGACGGAUUUUUUGGUGAUCCGCGUAAUGGAGGGACAUGCGAAAGUUGUCAAUGCAAUAACCAAGCGACUUCUUGUGAUAGGGAGACAGGAGACUGCUACUGUUUUACCAAAGGAGUAGUUGAGAAAAACUGCAGUCAGUGUGAUGGUAAUUAUGUGGGCGAUCCAGCAAAUGAUGAGCUUGCAGUCGAUUUUAUAUUUACUUUCAAUUUGGACAACAAUGAUCCGAACGACCAGUAUGUAACGCAGAUAAACUUCUACAGUGUACCGCAUAAACGCGAUACGGAUGUAACAUUUACCAUCAGUUGUGAGACAUUGAAACCGUACAAAGCGUAUGUGUCAGUUUCAUUGAACUCGUCACGAGAAGCCACCAAGCAUUUGAUGGCUAAUCAGCUGUGUGACGAGAACUCCUUACGUCGUACUUACAGUGCAAAUUCUGAACCUGCCUACGAGUUUGGUACUAGUGCGAAUACUACAUUUUUGGUUACAGUGCAAGGCUUCCGGACUCCCAUUAAAAUUGUGAUCUCAUUUUCGCAAUCCCCACCCAUCAACUGGGUUUUGUUCUUUGUUAUUUUUGCUGCGUGUUUUGUGAUAUUAUUAGUAGUCGCAGGACUUAUGUGGAUGAUAAAACUUCGCAUCGAGGUGUAUCGGAGGAACCAGAGGCAUUAUAAUGAAAUAGAGCAGUGGGCUUCUCGACCUUUUGCAUCUGUUCGACUUGAACUUGUUUCUCCUCGGGCGAAUUUUGUUAGUUUUGAAAGAAAUUUGAAAAUGGCCACGCCAAUAUCUGUGGAACCAUGCAACAAUUAUCGGGCUGGUGUAUUUACUUUGGCUGUACGGCUUCCCACAGGUGGACGGCAGUUCACACCGCACGGAACAUCAGGGUUAGCAGUGGCUUCUGCUAUGUGUUUGCUAACUCCAGCACAGCUAGGAGUUUUGCAAGCACCGGAGAAUAAAGAUGCUCAGCAUAAUCGUAAAACCACAAUUAUGCGUUACAUCCCAUUCAUUCGUGCUUCCUAG